GCACACCCCUUAUAGACCACUCACCUUAACACUGACUUCUUAGCUUGAGUUUUUCAAAAGAAGCGAAGUCAAGAUGAAGAGCUAUUUGCUUUUCUGGGGUGUCUUGGCCAUUUUUUCUAAGGCUGUUCUUGCGACAGUCGAUGAUGGAGAGGAAAAUGUUAUUCUUGCUGACAACAAAUGUCAAUGUACUCGGAUAACUUCCAGAAUCAUCCCAUCUCCUCAUAAUCCUGAAGAAGACAUUGUGGAGAGAAACAUCAGAAUUGUUGUUCCUGUGGGGAACAGGGAGAAUAUUACAGAUCCUACGUCUCCAAUGAGAACCGAAUUUGUGUACCAUUUGGCUGACCAGUGCAAAAAAUGUGAUCUUGUAGAAGUGGAGCUGGAAAAUAAAGUAGUUACUUCCUCCCAGAGCAAUCUGUGUGAAGAUAACGAAGUUUGCUAUACUUAUGAGAGAAACAAGUGCUACACCAAUAGGGUCCCACUCACCUUUGGUGAUAAGACCACUGUGGUGGAAGUAGCUUUGACCCCAGAUUCCUGCUAUCCUGAAGAUAGUUAUUAUUACAAUGAUAAUUAUUAAGUCAUUGCUAACUGCACAACAUUUAUUUUGAAAGGCUCUCCAUUUUGAUCUCAUGUAUUUGUUCCUAAUCCAUUUGAAACCGUGAUUAUUUUUGACAAUUAAAAAACUAUCCCAGCUCAAAACUGAAAGAGUGACAUUGUUAUUUUAACUAGAUAAUUACUUCUCAAUUGUAGGCUCAUGUUACAAAUAUGGAAAUCUCUGUUAUCAUCCUUACCUAACUGUCCUGGAGAAAAAAAUUUCUAGUAGUAAAAUGAAAAAGUAAAAUUAAAAAUAUAGACAAAGUAAGUCAAAGAGUAAAACAGGAGGUUUGAUUAAGUCAUCCCUCUCUUUUUGACUUUGCCUUGGAGAACCAAAGCUUUUGCACAUUUUACUUCAUUUUCAAAAAGCAUCACUGUGUAGAGAAAAUUUAUAUGUAAACAUAAGUCAAUUGUAAUCCUCAUUCAGAAAGUAAUAAUUGGAAACUAUUUUUAAAAUAUUUGUAAAAAUUACUUACAAUGUGAUGUCAAAUAUGUAUGAAACCAUUUAGUUGAAAGUGACAUAAUUGAAUGCAUAAUUGAAAAAUGUUUUAAAAUAUGAAUUUGAUAGCAAAUGCUACAUAUUUUUAUUUCUUAGAUAAUUUUUUUUUAUAAACAGGAGAUGUAAGAAAUAUCCAUUGGAAAUAAUCUAUGUUGUAAGCCAAAUGCAAUGAAAUGUGUAUUCCAAACCAUGUAUUCUCUAGCACAGCCUGAAUUAUUAAAUAGAUUCAUAAGCAUU